CUUGAAAGGUGAUUCAGAUGAAACAGCUCUAAGUGCUUCAAAGACUUGUUAUCACUGAAAGAAUAGAUUCCACACCCAAACCUUGAAGUGGUCUCCCAGGACUAUGGUAGCCUGUGGGUGAAGAUGGACUCCAACCAGGUGACUAAUUGUGCAGAGAGUUCCUCAGACAUCUUUAAUGAGACACCCCAAGUUCAAACAAACAUUCCACCUGCUGCUCCUACACUGAAUACAAGGUACUACAGUGUGAUGGAUGAUGAAGGUGCAGAUGAUGUCUUUAUCCACCCAACCUCUCUUCCUACAACCUGCUUGGUUCCUUCAGUGCCAGCAGAGGGAAGCCCAGGAACAACAGACAGUAAUUCUGGUGUGACCCUUUCAAAUGGAGCAGCUGACGCCACAGAGGCUGAAGCUAAUCCCAGAGGCUUAGACAGGCAUGAGACUGAGAAGCAGUUAAUGGCAGCACGAAACAAGACGGAUGAAGUCAUAUUAAGAACAGAGCAGCCUUCAAGGGAGUCUAUGGACAACAUUUUACCGUCCAAUGACAAGGACUCUACUCCACCAGCUUAUCAAGAACAAACAUCCACUGACGAUAACGUUUGUCUGAUGGAAGCAUCAGAUGAGGCUGGGAAACAGUUUGAGGAUAACAUAUCAGGAGAUCAGGGAUCAGAUGGAGAGCCUGAAGACAUUUUAAUUCUGAGUGAAGGAGAUGAAAGUUGUGAGGAGACUGACACAGAAGAGGACAAUUAUCCACAAAAGCCUUCAAAUUUGAAGGAAAAUGAGGCCUGUCAAGACAAAGAGGAAAGUGAAACUAAACAUAAAGACAUUUGUUGUCAUGGUGAAAGAGACUCCAAACUAUCAAGGGAUGAUCUAGACUGUGUCGAGAAAAUGGCCCCAACACUGCCUGGUCGCGGUGUAAAUCAAGGUGAUUUUCAAGCCUCUGAGCCAUCAGUUAUCUCUGAAAGCAAGCAAGACACGAUAGAAUUAACAACCAAUCAGCCACAGGUAGCUGACUUCUCAGCAGAGGUGAUCAAUGACAGUGAAGGGCAAAUUGAGAGCAGGUCUUUGGAUUACACCCUCACAAAAUUUCUCUGGGUGAGAAGAGAGAGUGGCAGUACAGAAACUCAAGUAACUCAACUUCCCACCUCCGAAGAUUCUGAAAAAAUGGUGGAGAAAGUAGAUGGAAGCCGGAGAAUUGUUACUGAUAUCCAACAAGGAGAACAGCUGCUUCAGCGUCUGCAAAUGGUGCAGUUACGACAUGAGGAGAUCCCUAAUGAGUCCCAGAAGGUUGUGAAAGUGGUGAGAAGUGAAAAAGAGGUUGGAUUUGAAGACAGGAAAGUGAGAGGAAGGAGUGUGCCAGAUGAAGAUGAUGAGGAUGGUAGAUUUCAAGACAAAGCAAAUACAAACUUGAUGGUUGACAAUAAGAAUGAGAGUAACCAAGUUCAAGCAAAAGCAGGGAUAUCUUUGAUUACAAUGCCAGGACAGACAGAGCCCAAGGAGAUUACCAGAACUGAAGCGAGCGAUUCUGAGGAUGAUCAGAGUGACCACCUGAUCCCUUCGGAUUUGCCGCUUAACCCUCAUGAAGCAUCCUCUACUGAAAUUCCCUCUCUGUCUACUGGACAGCGAUUCUCAGCUGCUGAAACCUCAACGGAAAGACAGAUCCAUGAGGCAGCUCAGGGGAAGCCGAACCUGCAGAGAGCCGACGGUAUUUUUAACCUUGCAGGUAAUCCAGAUGUACUAGAGAUUCCCUUCAAGACAAAUGUCUCUCUUGAGUCACUUCUUACUAAGGCUUGCACCAGUCAACACACUCAGUGGCAAUUCUCUGAGAAGAAGAUGCAGAAAGAGAUAAGUCAGGAAAUUCAGAGAGAGCUGGUGCUGGUCAACCAGGGUAAGAUUCCUGGGGAGUACAGCAAAGGGGAGGUCCGCCAGUUAAAGGAGACAAAAUUGUUGUUUGAAGCUUUCCAACAGGGCAACAGCGAGGGUCUGACAAGGCACCUGAAACCCCCCGUCACUGUGGUGAAAGAUCAAGUUUACCCCUCUGUUCUGGAGCGAACUCGUAGCCUUGAAAUGUUUACUCUCAAGAGCUCUCCUGUCUCCAGAACACAUUCUCUCAGGCUGUUCAACCCUGCAACCUCAGAGAGAGACAAAAGUCCUGAAAACUUCAGACCCAAGAGCCCAACUGGGGGCACUCGGGACAAAACACGCCUAUCUCCUUACCCAAAACAAGACAAGCACCUGCGACUGCACAGAAGCAUGGAUUCAAUAAACAGUGAAGCCACUAUAUCAGCUGUGGAGACAAGAAGCAAAACAACGGAGGCAAAUAAAAGCCAGGAAUCCCCCAUCCUUAAACAAAACCCCUUCUUCAAGUUGCGUCCUGCACUGGCUCUGCAGCCAGAGGUAGCGAAGGACAUUCGGGAGGCCAGGGAAAGGGAGGAAGAGCUGCGCAGACAGAGAAGCACUUUGUAUGGGGUCUGCAGACAGAAUAGUGAAGAUGAAGAAAAGUCUCGAUGUGCACUGACACCAAAAUCAGAUUUUAGGCUACAGGCACGUGGGAAACUGGAACGGGUUUGGCCUCCACCUUCUAAGAAAGACCAGAAGACAUCUGAGCAAACACAGCAGGACCCAAAAGUUCAUAGAACCGGAGGUCAGAAGGCUCAGCUUUGGCAGCGCUGGGAAUGUGGCCUGAUCAACGGGCAGGCAUCGAAAGAAAAGAAGUGACAAUGGUUAUCCUAGUCCUCCAAGACUACAAACAGAAAUCCAGUGAUUUGCAAAGCUAGAACCACAGUCCCAACAAUGAUAAAUCAGUAUAACCAAUAUUGCUGUUAGUUCCUGCUUAAACAAUUUCUGAAUCUUCAAACUCUGCUUUGUAUAUCUGUCAAAUAUUCUUUUUUCUUUUUUGAUAUAUUAAAAACU